GCUAAAAGCCUAAUUGCUUUGUGAACCGAUUGUUAUUACGCAUUAUCAGGGAUUCUUGAUUUCUUUAUUACACUUUUUGCGCAACUACGAAUUUAUCAGAUUAAACUUCUGCGAGCCAUCCAUUCGUAGUUGCAUGAUAAUUCGACAGCAAGGAGAUUUCUUGAACAAUUAAUCUCGCCAUUUUUAUUGCAUUAUAUUGAAGUUUUUGAGUUAUUGAGUUCAACUUUCAACAUAAUUUUAUAUCACCGUUUCUUUUUUCGAACGUACUUAAAUAUAAUGAUACAUUAUUCACGCGACACGUGCCAAUCAUGUCAUUUACGUCUCAUACUUGGAAGUCAUUUGUCACUUUUACACUUGGAAGUUUGCAAAUUAUCGCAGGUUUAUGCACAAUUGGGUGACGAAUUAAAAAACAAGAGGCUGGGAGUGCAGGGUAAACAGAUGAUUGACAGUAAUUUUAACUUUCUCUUUCGAUUACAGAAAGUCUAUUUAAUACUGGGUCUGCUCGUAACAGCGGCGUGUGCCGAGAAGAAAAUUAAUUUAGAAGAUAUAGAGAGAGAUAAUCUGAAGGCGGAGGGUAAGGCCAAGACCGAAAAUAUUCAGACCGAUGAGACGGCGUACACUGGCAAGCCUAAUCAGCAGCAGUAUCAAAUACCAAGCCAAUAUAAUACCUUGGGUCAGCCCGAUCUGUACAUCCCGCCCCAGCGACUGCAGGAUAUAAAAUAUAACCAGGUGCCACCUGAAGAAUACAUUCAACCCAAUCAAUACCCUGUAAAUGAAGCACAAUAUCAACAGCAGAGCCUGCUACAGCAAAAUAUUCCACCAAUACAGUAUUACAAUGGAUACCAACAACAAGUGGAAAUACCAGCUAAAGGCAUUGCUCCUUUUGCUUUCGAAUCUCAGAAAUUAAACUAUCAACCUGAAAUAGAGGUGGGCAAUCAGGUCCAAAGCAUUCAACAGAAAGCAGUCACAGAAAAAUACACGAAAGCCAUUAAUAAAGAAUCAGCUUACAUUGACGUUCCGGUGACACAGUUGCUUCCCUACUAUCCCCAUUUGGAUAUUAAUCCCUUGGUGACCCUAAAAGAUGCCGGACUGCCGCAGCCUCCGUUACAGCUGGCUAGCAAUGCGGCUCAGAAAAUUGCCAUACCGACAUAUACUCCCUUGUAUAAUCAGAAACAAUUGAUCCCUUCUGUGAAAUCAUCUUACUCUGCCCAGCCAGUGACAUUCGCGGCAAAGGCGCCGAAAGCGACAUACAUAAUCCCAGGUGCGCCGAAGAAGAAGAUCAGCCCGACUCCCUUGCUAACGACACCUCUAUACGUCCAACCCCAGCAGCUGCUGAAUCAAGGAAAGACCCUGUUGCACACGCAGGCGUACAUCGCGCCUUCGCAACCACAGUACUUCCAGCAAUUUAUUUACACGCAGCCCGGCAUAGUUUACAGCGAUCCCGCUGCCGCUUACAGCGAUUUUUACGCUCGUCUGCCAGCCUACAUUCAGGAUAACUAUCUUCGCGGACAGCUGAAUCAAUAUCAGACGCAGCAGCAGCAGCUAUACAUUGCGCCGGCAAUCGGUCCCGAAGCGCCGAAGGAAAUCUUGCAGGAGCAAAUCGGCCAAGAUCUUUCACAGAAUUAUCUCAAGGUGCCUGAUGAGCCCAAAACUCAUUUCGUACCGCCGCAAUUGCCUCCGUACGACUUCAAAGCCGGUAGAACGCAACUGGAGCCUAUUCGGAGCUCCUUCGAAAACGAGCAAUCCCUGCCAACACAAGAUCACUCCUUGUCUUCAGAGCCGAGGUCGCUACUUGACACAUACAUUCCGAGCAAAGUUAUCGCUGCGCAGGAUACCGCCAGGUACAGAGAAAGACCGAUAAAGCUGGAAGGUGGUUUUCUCCCGUCGAAAGUGAACUUCGUGCACAAAAAGCGCAAAUCCGAGUGAUAAAAAUCGCGCCGUGAGCGGCAUGACGAUUGACAAAUGUCAUACAUGCACAAGGGUCAGUACAGUUUGAAAAACUCGUUUACUAGCGAUCGUACGACGACCGGAGCAUAUGCGGACAUCGAGGAUGUGCUUGGACAGUGGCCGGCAGUAUCAUCGCAUCUAGUCUUUCAUUGAAGAUCAUGUAAAACCUUUUUAUACUGUUCACUUUUACCAUUUUGUAAAGACGCGCCGAGUAAAUGGCUAAUACUUUGUUUACGAUUUUUCAAUAAAAUUUAAAAAUGGAAAAUGUAGCUGAUAAUACUUUUCCUUCAACUUGUAAAAUAAGACACAGAAAUGUACAUGGAAUUUAUUAAUUAUGUUUUGCAUAAUUACAAUACAAUUUUACACGAAACUAACUUUCUUUAUUUGGAUGUAAUUAUUUUUUUUCAACAUUAUUUCUUACACAUAAAACAAUAGCUAAAAAUUUGUAUAAAUUUUAAACAAUAAUUUUGUGUGUGUGUGUGUGUGUGUGCGUGCGUGCGUGUGUGCACGCGCGCCAAUUUAAAACGUGUUUCAAUUAGAACGAGUGAAAUAAGCCGAGCAAGAAAUCAUCAGACAGAAACUUGUAUGAACGUAAUAAACACUUGUAUGAUAGAUUGUUGCGUUAAUCUUUCAAAUUAUCAAAGUUUACUUUUACACUUUAAAUUAGGGAGCAAACUUAUAUUUAAUUAACAGAACACAGAACUACAAAUGUCUAACUUCUUUAAGCUCAAAUAAGCUUAUUCUCAUUGAGGUAUGAUGACUAUGCAAACGCAUAAUUAACAUGAACUAAACUCAUAAUCACUUACAUAGAAUCGCACACUA